GUCUUCGAAGGCCAUCAUGGUGCAGAGAUACCAGUCUCCUGUCCGUGUCUACAAGUACCCCUUUGAGCUGGUCAUGGUGGCCUACGAGAAGCGCUUCCCCACCUGCCCGGAGAUCCCCGCCUUCCUGGGCAGCGAGGUCCUGAGCGAGUCCAGCAGCGCCGACGGGGCGGUGCGCGUGGUGGAGCGGAGCUGCCGGCUGCGCGUGGAGGCGCCCGGGCUGCUGCGGAAGGUCCACCCUGAGAACGAAAACUGGACGUGCUUCGAGCAGUCGGCCUCGCUGGACGUGCGGUCUUUCUUUGGCUUCGAGCAUGUGCUGGAGAAGAUCGCCAUGAAGCAGUACACGGCCAACGUGAAGAGGGGGAAAGAGGUGAUGGAGUAUUACCUGAGCGAGCUCAUCUCCCAGGGCAUCUCCCACAUCCCCCGCUGGACACCUGUCCCUGUCCGGGAGGAAGACGCCUGCAGCCAGCCUGCACCGUGGUGUCAGAGCUCCCUGGAGGGCAGCGGGAGCAGAGACCGAGUCUCCCCAUAAACCCCUUUCUCCUCUCCCCAAGGGGACAAGCUGGACGCAGACUACAUCGAGAGGUGUCUGGGCUAUCUCACGCCCAUGCAGGAGAGCUGCCUGGUCCAGCUUCGGCACUGGCUGCAGGAGACCCAUAAAGGCAAGAUCCCCAAAGAUGAGCACAUCCUCCGCUUCCUGCGGGCCCGGGACUUCCACCUGGACAAGGCGCGGGAGAUGCUGUGCCAGUCUCUGAGCUGGCGGAAGCAGCACCAGGUGGACCUGCUGCUGCAGACCUGGCGGCCGCCGGGCCCCCUGCGGGAGUUCUACGCCGGUGGCUGGCACUACCAGGACAUAGACGGCCGCCCCCUGUACAUCCUGCGCCUGGGCCACAUGGACACCAAAGGCCUGAUGAAGGCCGUGGGGGAGGAGGCGCUGCUGCGGCACGUGCUUUCGGUGAACGAGGAAGGACAGAAGAGGUGCGAAGGCAUCACCAGGCAGCUCGGCCGACCCGUUAGCUCCUGGACCUGCCUGCUGGACCUGGAGGGCCUCAACAUGCGGCACCUGUGGCGGCCGGGGGUGAAGGCCCUGCUCCGCAUGAUCGAGGUGGUGGAAGACAACUACCCGGAGACGUUGGGCCGGCUGCUCAUCGUGCGCGCCCCCCGCGUCUUCCCGGUGCUCUGGACGCUGAUCAGCCCCUUCAUCAACGAGAACACCCGGAGGAAGUUCCUCAUCUACAGUGGCAGCAAUUACCAGGGCCCUGGCGGCUUGGUGGAUUACCUGGACAAAGAUGUGAUCCCAGACUUCCUGGGGGGAGACAGUGUGUGCAAUGUCCCUGAGGGAGGCCUGGUCCCCAAGUCUCUCUACCUGACGGAGGAAGAGCAGGAGCAAGCAGAUCAGCUGCGGCGGUGGAGUGAGACCUACCACUCGGCCAGCGUGCUCCGCGGGGCCCCGCAUGAGGUGGCGGUGGAGAUUCAGGAGGGUGAGUCAGUCAUCACCUGGGACUUCGACAUUCUGCGAGGGGACGUGGUGUUCAGCCUGUACCACGCCAAGCAGGCGCCGGGGACCAGGGCCGCCGGGCAGCUGAUAGACAAAGCCUGGGUCCUAGGCACGGAUUACAGCCGCGUGGAGGCGCCCCUUGUCUGCCGGGAAGGGGAGAGCAUCCAGGGCUCACACGUGACGCGGUGGCCCGGCGUGUACCUGCUCCAGUGGCAGAUGCACGGCGCCCCCAGCGGUGUGGCCUGCAGCCUGCCCGGCGUGGACGACGUGCUGGCCGCACUGCACAGCCCCGGGCCCAAGUGUAAACUGCUCUACUACUGGGAGGUGCUGGCCUCCAAGGACUUCAGGGGCUCCAUGUCCAGCCUGGAAUCCUGCAGCAGCCGCUUCUCCCAGCUCAGCGCCGCCACCUCCUCCUCCAGCCGCUCCCACAGCAGCUCCCUGCUCUCCAGAUAG